AUUGACCCUCUCUCCAACAAAAGACCAAGCUCUAGAUCUGGAAGGUUUUGGCUGAAGACUUCGAAUCAGCUUUCAAGAUUCGUCAUCAAGCCAUAGAAGACUGCAGGAGAAAAUUGAUAGCAACUACGCGGCGAUUCAGUGGUGCUGGCGAAGACGUUGAAGUAUAUAUAGAGUCAUGGUGACGAAGUUUGAGACGCUCAUUAUACCGGAACAACAAUACAACUCAUCGAACAAAAUACAGAGUCGCACAUCUCGGCUCCUUCCACGGCAUUCAGAGCAGAUUUUCAUACUGACACCAUGUCCUACAACACCACUGUCCUCAUCACUGGCUGCAAAAGCGGCAUUGGAAAGGGGUUGCUUACCGCAUAUGCCUCUCGACCCAACACGCUGGCUAUCGCGGCCAUUCGAGAUGGUCCAGAUUCAGAACCCGCCACUGCAUUGACUUCUCUCCCUGUCGGUCAUGGCAGCAAGAUAGUAGUGGCUAAGUACAAUGCGAGCUCCACUACGGCGGCUCAAGAGCUUGUCGAGUACCUGAAAACGGCUCACAAGCUCAGCAGUCUGGAUAUCGUGAUAGCAAAUGCAGGCAUACUUAAACACUUCGGCCCUGCCAAGGAAGCUUCAGCCGAGACCAUCACCGAGCAUUUUCAGAUCAAUACGCUGGCGCCGAUUCUGCUAUAUCAAGCUACCCAGCCUCUCCUCGACGCUUCCGAGCAGACUCCCAAGUUCUUCAUCAUCUCCUCCAGUCUUGGAAGCAACGGCUUGCAGGACGAUUACCCCUUGCCCAUGCUCGCAUAUGGCAUGUCCAAGGCCGGAGUCAAUUAUGCCGCCAGUCGUAUACACCGCGAGGAGGAUCGGAUCGUCUUUAUUGCCCAACAACCCGGUUGGGUUAAGACCGAAAUGGGUCAUGCAGCCGCUACUUACGCUGGUAUGAGUCAUGCGGAUGUUCCUGUCACUUUGGAGGAUAGUAUCAAGGGCUUGAUGGGCUGCUUUGACAGGGCGGACAAAGCGACGCACAGUGGCAAGUUCUGGGAUCAGGAGGGAACUCAGCUCCCAUGGUGAGUUCGGAUGUCAAUGGACAGGCGCAAGCUCCUACACCGGUGUACCGGGCGUGACCUCGGAGAUCAAAGCUGCCAUCCAGGCUCCAUUCCGAUUGGCCUUGUGGCCGCGUUUUGAUGAUAGAAUUGGAUCAUGUUGUUGUGUAGGCUUCUACUCGUCCUCGUAGGGCGUCCCAUUGACAAUACAAAUAAUGUGCAUGCGCGAUGCAUAUAGCAGGUUCCCCAUAGCCAGUGCAGGAUGUUCAUUCGUGAGCCCCAGGGAUCAUGUCAUGACUCAGCCACAACCAUAUACACCUCGGUAUCCUUUCGUCCAUAGUGGCAUGACCACUCAAUUGAGAUCAUUCGCUUUGACAUCGUUUUCGUACCGAAAGAAUUCAAAAAUUGAUUUGGAAGCAAAUGAGACUUACAAAAGGACG